CGCCACCUAGCUAGCCAUGGCAAAGCGAGCCAAGCCGACGCCAGCUCUGCUACCCGAGCUCUUUGAGCAUGUCGGGCGGUUUAUCAUGACGUCGAACGAGAUGGCGGCGUUCCUUCAUGCGCUGCCAGUCGAAUGGCUCUCGGAGCCGCUGGCCGCGCUGCUCGAGCUCUUCCACGCCGUGCGCUCGCGGCGGCUUGUGGUGCCCGUUGGCGACGUCUUCUACCCGUGCCACGUACGCCUCUGGCCUUACUUUGAGCUCCCGUACGAGGUUGCGGACCCGCAGCUGCGCGCCUGGAUCGCAAAAGCGGCGAUUCUAAGCCCGGUCGUCGACAUCAAUGGCUUUGAUUUGCCGCCGGCGUACCCGCUGCAACCCCUCACACGCAUCAACUUGCACGCUGUUUCGACGUGGGCGAUGCUGGAGCGCGCGAUUGCGCUCUGGCCCGAGCGCAUCGAGUGCAUUGAGAUCUCGUUCGGCGACGACGUCGACCAAAUGUGGCCAUCGGCGUCCGUCGAUGCGAUGCCGAACGCGCUACGUGGCCUUCCGGCACUGCGCGAAGUCGCAUUCACAUCACAGAGCAACGUCAUCAACCACGACCCACUGCCGCUCAUCCAAGCCCUCGCGCCGACGCCCAUCAUCUGCGCCGAGUUCAUCUACCCGCACGUCACGUGGUCCGCAGCCACAGUCACGGCAAUGGCCAACUGGCUUCGCGCCGGGUCCCUAAAAGUGGUCGCACUUGAAGGUGCGUGCAUGACGGACACGGAGUGCACCAAGCUGUGCGAGGCCAUUGCCGACUCGCCGACGCUGCUUGACCUCGAGAUCAAGGGCGGCGCGCUACCCUUUCGAUUCUUCAAGGACAUUCUGGCGCUGCCAAGCCAGCUGCACUCGCUCGUCCUCGAGCCGCUCGUGUACGACGACCUACCUGCGAUCACGUCGGUGCUCUCGUCGUCGCAGCUGCAGCUGGUCACGCUUGUCUUUGAAUCGGUGUCGCCCAACCCGGCUCCGAAGGCGACACUGGCCUUGAUGAAAGCGCUACGUCGACUGCGCCGGCUCCGGCACCUCGAACUCACCAUGAUCCAGCUCUCGCCGGCGUGCGUGGGAAGCUUGGCGGCGCUGCUGCCGCAGCUGACCAACUUCUACUUGGAGGCGAGUGGCCUCGGUGACGAGGAGAUUCAACUAUUGGCAGCGGUCCUCCCACACUGCCCGUCGCUGGGGCAUCUGCACUUGAUCGACCAAGGCUGCACGUACGUCGGCGCCAUGGCCCUUGCCGCGGUCAUUCCCUUGUGCCCACUUCUGCGCAAAAUCGACUUGCGCGGCAACCGUGUCGGGUCGAUCGGCGCGCAUGCGUUCAGCAGCGUCCUGUCGCAUCUGCUCGAGUUGGACCUCUCGGAAAACAAAAUUGGCUUUGACGGCGCGGUCGCUCUGAGCCGCGUCGUGCCUGCGACGUGCCACAUGGAGAUGCUCGGGCUCCAAGGCAACCCGCUCGAGAAGGAAGGCCUUUUGGCCAUCAUCCACGCGCUCCAGCAUUGCGCGCACCGUGACGGCGUCAUCAAGGUCUCCGACACCCUCGCUUUGGACGAAGACCGGCAAGCCUGUGACGAGGCCAUCGACCGACUCCCAGACGCGGCGUGGGUCACGUUUCGCGAAGACGAGCCGUUUGAGGAAUAAGGACAAAGAUGCAAAUUUUCUCUUUUCCUCUUGUACCUGGUAGGGGUAGGUUUGCGGCGACAAAGUUAAAUGAACAACAACCUUAUAUCAG